AUGACUCAAAACAAGAAGAAAGUUAACUGGUCGGAGCUUUGUCCUGAGUUGGUUCAAUGUGUUUUCGAACGAUUGAGUUUCACAAAUCUGAAACGAGGAAGAUCAGUCUGUUCUUCGUGGCGCACUGCUUUGAGAGGUUGCGUCCCAAAACGUAAUCAGAUUCCAUGGCUGAUUCUCUUCCCGCAAAACGACAAUAACAACGAAAACAACAACACCAGUUGCGUGUUGUUCGUUCCAGAAGACAGAGACAAAACCUACAAAACCAGAGAUCUCGGUGCUUACUUUGUUAAGAGUAGCUGUGUUGCUACUUAUGGAAGCUGGCUCCUGAUGUUGGACGCUCUUUGGAAUCUCUACAUUAUAAAUCCUUUGACCGGUGAGAGGAUUGAUUUACCAACCACUGACUAUGCUCAAUACGAACGACCUUCUGAUAUAAAACCCCAAGACCUCGUAGCUUGUCUCUGGAUAGACGACAUAAGCAAAGAUUACUUAGUUGCGUGUGUAAUGGGUUACCCUGUCUUUACAAAGAAAGGGAACCACUCGUGGCGAAGGAUCUCCUCUCGUUACGGGGAAGGGCGCUACAAACAAAUGGUAUACGAACCCACAUCCCAACAGCUCUACGUUCGUCGUUACUACAAUUAUCCUGUUAAGGUCUGGUCUUUCUCGGGAGAUGAUCCACAACAAGUCUCUGAAGAUAAUUAUCCUCCAGUUGAGUAUGCCUUUUGGGAUUUCCUCAGCAAAGACAAAGAGUUGCAUCUGAAAGAAGAAGAGUUUUAUGUGAAAGAGUAUGUUGACAGCAGGCUAUACAUUGCAGUCAGUACAGUCUCUGGACAAGUUUUGAAGGUAGUUAAUGUGUUGCAGAAGUUCAAAAGAUGGCGCUUUCUCGUCUACAAAAUGCACCCUGUUGAGCUUACUUGGGAAGUAGUCGACUCUCUGGGCGAUGAGGCGCUGAUCUUAGACAUGGGUAUCACUGUUGUAGCCAAAGACAUUCCAGGGAUCAAGAGGAACUCAAUCUACUUUAGUGGUCUCGAUAAUGGCAGCACAAAUCCUGACCAUAUAUUUGUGUUUGAUCUCACCACCCAUGAGAUUGAACCUUUGCCUCAAUGUGUUUUCUCCUCUGUUCGUUUCUCUGAUGCUCGAUGGUUCUUCCCGGGUCUAGACGCGUAG